GAUCAAAAUAAAAGCGACGUUGGCAGAUUGCCGUUUGCGCAGCUGUUGUAUUUAAGGCGUGCAAUUUCAUAAUUUGCGUUUAGUUUGCGAACGAAUCAACAUACAGGCAAAAUGACCAUUAAGCUAAAGGCGAACGUUAACAAUCCACCCAUAAGCGGUUUGGCAACGGCGCAUUUGAUUAAGGCAACGGUGCCCGUGGAAAUCAUUUGGAGCAAGGAGACUUCGCUGCAGUUUCCCGACAAUCGCAUCCUCGUUUGUCACUCGAACAAUGAUGUGUUGCGGGCGCUGGCACGUGCUGCACCCGAUUAUCAGCUGUAUGGCGAGACUGCCAUCGAGCGGACACAGAUCGAUCAUUGGCUAUCGUUCUCGCUGACCUGCGAGGAUGACAUCUCCUGGGCGAUGUCAUUCCUGGACAAGUCCAUUGCGCCGGUCACAUAUCUGGUGGCCAAUAAACUGACUAUUGCCGAUUUUGCGCUGUUCAAUGAGAUGCACUCCCGGUACGAGCUACUCGCCGCCAAAGGCAUUCCGCAGCAUGUGCAGCGCUGGUACGAUCUGAUUAACGCCCAGCCCUUGAUCCAGAAGGUGUUGCAAUCACUGCCGGAGGAGGCGCGUGUCAAGCGCAGCAUCAACACUGAGCCGGCGCCAAAGUCAAGUGGCGAGCGCAAGCAAGAGGGUAAAUUUGUUGAGCUGCCGGGCGCUGAGAUGGGCAAAGUUGUGGUGCGUUUCCCGCCCGAGGCAUCUGGUUAUCUGCACAUUGGGCACGCCAAGGCGGCGCUGCUCAAUCAAUACUAUGCGCUGGCCUUCCAGGGCAAGCUGAUCAUGCGUUUCGACGACACCAAUCCGGCCAAAGAGACGGUCGAAUUUGAAAAUGUCAUCCUGGGCGACUUGGAGAUGCUGCAAAUCAAACCAGAUGUGUUCACACACACCUCCAACUAUUUUGAUCUCAUGCUUGACUACUGCGUGCAAAUGCUCAAAGAGGGCACUGCCUAUGUGGACGACACGCCGCCCGAGCAAAUGAAGUUGGAACGCGAACAGCGCGUUGCAUCCGAAAAUCGUUCAAAUUCUGUUGAGAAGAAUCUGUCGCUGUGGCAAGAGAUGCUGCAGGGAUCUGCGGCUGGCCAAAAGUGCUGUGUCCGCGCCAAGAUUGACAUGUCCUCGCCCAAUGGCUGCAUGCGUGAUCCAACAAUCUAUCGCUGCAAAAACGAGCCACAUCCGCGCACAGGCACCAAAUACAAGGUGUAUCCCACGUACGACUUUGCCUGCCCCAUUGUGGAUGCCAUUGAGAAUGUGACGCACACGCUACGCACCAUGGAGUAUCACGAUCGUGAUGAUCAGUUCUAUUGGUUUAUUGAUGCACUGAAGCUGCGCAAACCUUACAUCUGGGAAUAUAGUCGCCUGAAUAUGACGAAUACGGUGCUGUCGAAACGGAAACUAACAUGGUUUGUGGACUCGGGUCUGGUGGAUGGCUGGGAUGAUCCACGAUUUCCUACUGUGCGCGGCAUCAUCAGGCGUGGCAUGACCGUCGAGGGCCUCAGGGAGUUCAUCAUUGCGCAGGGCAGCAGUAAAUCGGUGGUGUUCAUGAACUGGGACAAGAUCUGGGCGUUUAAUAAGAAGGUGAUUGAUCCCAUUGCCCCGCGUUAUACGGCACUGGAGCACGACAAGCGUGUGAUUGUGAAUGUGGCAGGUGCGAAGCUCGAGAAGAUGCAGGUGCCCGUCCAUCCCAAGGACGAGAAACUGGGCACCAAAACGGUAACAAUGGGUCCGCGCAUCUUCAUUGACUACGUGGAUGCUGAGGCGCUCAAAGAGGGCGAAAAUGCCACCUUUAUCAACUGGGGUAAUCUGCUCGUCAAGAAAGUGAACAAGGAUGCCAGCGGCACAAUUACAUCUGUAGAUGCAGCACUCAACUUGGAGAACAAGGACUUCAAGAAGACACUGAAACUAACCUGGCUGGCCGUCGAAGAUGAUGCCAGCGCCUAUCCGCCCACAUUUUGUGUUUACUUCGAUAAUAUCAUCAGCAAAGCGGUGCUCGGCAAGGACGAGGACUUCAAGCAGUACAUUGGCCACAAGACACGCGACGAGGUCCAAAUGCUCGGCGAUCCCGAGUUGAAGAAGUGCAAGAAAGGCGACAUCAUUCAGCUGCAGCGUCGCGGCUUCUUCAAGGUGGACAAUGCCUAUGCCCCGGCCAGCCCCUACACAAAUGUCAUCUCGCCCAUCAUACUCUUCUCCAUACCCGAUGGCCAUACCAAGGACAUGCCCUCCUCGGGCCUCAAGAUCAAUGCGGCCCCAGCACCGGUUGCUAAAACAAAUGCCGCCAGCAACAAAACUGCCAACGCAGCAACGAGCAAAGCCGCCGAAUUGGACAAACAAAUUGGCCAACAGGGCGAUUUAGUGCGUGAGCUGAAAGCCAAAAAGGCAGCCAAAGAUCAAAUUGACGUUGCCGUCAAGAAAUUGCUAAGCCUCAAGGCGGACUACAAGGCAGCCAGUGGUCAGGAUUGGAAGCCAGGCCAACCGCCACUAGCAACUGCAACUGCCGCAGCUGCCCCGGUUACAGCCAACGACGCAACUGAUAUAAACGCCAGCAUUGUGAAGCAGGGCGAUUUAGUGCGCGAGUUGAAGGGUAAAAAGGCACCGAAGCCCGACAUCGAUGCAGCUGUUAAGCAUCUGCUACAACUGAAGGCUCAGUACAAGACGCUAACUGGACAGGACUGGAAGCCAGGUACUGCUCCAGCUUCAGCUCCAGCUGUACCUAAUGCUGCUGCUGAUGUUAGUUCCGCAGACGUUGCCGGUCUGCUAACCCAAAUAGCUGCCCAGGGUGAUAAAGUGCGUGAGCUCAAAUCAGCUAAGGCGGACAAGCCAAGCAUUGAUGCGGCCGUCAAAACGCUGCUCAAACUGAAAGCCGACUACAAACAGCUCACGGGCACUGACUGGAAACCAGGCACCACAGCGCCAUCGGCUGUUGCUGCUGCUGCUUUCAAAGUCAAGCAGGAAAAGUCACCGGAACCGGCAGCUGCCAGUGCUGUGGCCACUUUGCUGGGCAAGAUCACGCAACAGGGCGACAAGAUACGCGAGCUAAAGUCAACAAAAGCGGAGAAAUCGCUGGUCGAUGCCGAAGUGAAGGUGCUUUUGGCACUAAAAACGGACUACAAGAGCCUGACUGGUCAGGAGUGGAAACCGGGCACAGUGGCACCCACUGCGGUUGUAACUGCUACCAUUGACCUAACCGCUGAGCAACCUAACACUGACGACGUUUUGGCCAAAAUCCAAAGCCAGGGCGAUAAAAUACGUCAACUAAAGUCGGCAAAAGCAGCCAAGGCAUCUAUCGAUCCUGAAGUGAAAACACUUUUAGCCCUGAAAGCAGAGUACAAGAAGCUAAGUGGCAAGGAUUGGACACCGGACGCCAAGGCCGAAGUCAAGGAGGAGAUGGCACCGCCAGCAGGCAAUGAGCAGCUGACGCUGGACAUUAAUGCUCAGGGCGAGAAGGUGCGUGCCGCCAAAAGCAGCAAAGCCGCGAAGGAGAUCAUCGAUGCGGAGGUCAGCAAGUUGUUGGCACUCAAGGCCAAAUACAAGGAGGUAACCGGCACAGAUUUUCCCGUCGCUGGUCGUGGCGGCGGCGGCGGCGGCGGUGCUGUCAAGAAGGCACCCAAAGAGCCACAGCCGAAGCCGGCUAAGAAGGAAUCGGCAGCAGCAGCUAAACCGGAUGCCUCGUCUGGCGUUAAGAAACAAACCAGAUUGGGUCUGGAGGCCAGCAAGGAGGACAAUCUGCCCGAGUGGUAUUCGCAAGUGUUGACCAAAGGCGAACUGAUUGAAUACUACGAUGUAUCCGGCUGUUAUAUAUUGCGUCCCUGGUCCUAUGCCAUCUGGAAGUCGAUCAGGAACUGGUUCGAUGCCGAGAUUACGCGCAGUGGCGUCAAGGAAUGCUAUUUCCCAAUCUUUGUUUCAAAGGCGGCGCUCGAGCGUGAGAAAUCCCAUAUUGCUGACUUUUCGCCAGAAGUCGCGUGGGUAACCAAAUCAGGUGAAUCCGAUUUGGCGGAACCAAUUGCUAUACGUCCCACCUCCGAAACGGGCAUGUAUCCGGCCUACGCCAAGUGGGUGCAAUCCUACAGAGAUUUGCCCAUCCGCCUGAAUCAGUGGAACAAUGUUGUGCGCUGGGAAUUCAAGCAUCCGCAACCGUUCCUGCGCACUCGUGAGUUCCUCUGGCAGGAGGGUCACUCGGCAUUCGCCAACAAAUCGGAAGCCGAAGCGGAAGUACUCGAAAUGUUGGAACUGUAUGCGCAGGUCUACACGGAUCUGCUGGCCAUACCCGUGGUCAAGGGCCGCAAGACCGAGAAGGAGAAAUUUGCUGGCGGCAACUAUACGACCACGGUGGAGGCAUUCAUUUCAGCGUCCGGCCGGGCCAUCCAGGGUGCGACCAGUCAUCAUUUGGGCCAGAAUUUCUCCAAGAUGUUCGAUAUUGUGUACGAAGACCCGGAGACGCAGCAGAAACAGUUUGUUUACCAGAACUCAUGGGGCAUUACCACACGCACCAUCGGUGUCAUGAUCAUGGUGCAUGCGGAUAAUCAGGGAUUAGUGCUGCCGCCGCAUGUGGCCUGCACGCAGGCAAUCGUUGUGCCCUGCGGCAUUACCGUCAACACCAAGGACGAGGAGCGUGCCCAGCUGCUCGGCGCCUGCAAGGAGAUCGUGAAGAAUUUGAGCCGAGCCGGUGUUCGCUGUGAGGGCGAUUACCGUGACAACUACUCCCCGGGCUGGAAGUUCAAUCACUGGGAACUGAAGGGCGUACCAAUACGCAUUGAGCUGGGUCCCAAGGAUAUGCAAGCGAAGCAAAUUGUCGCGGUGCGUCGUGAUACCGGUGAGAAAAUGACCAUUGCGUUGGACGAUGUGGAGAAGAAGAUACCAGCGUUGCUCGAGACCAUUCAUCAGAGUAUGCUGGCCAAGGCGCAACUGGAUCUAAGCACUCACACGAAGCUCGUCAAGACCUGGUCCGAAUUCUGCGAUAUGCUCGAGCAGAAGAAUAUGCUGCUAUCGCCGUUCUGCGGCGACAUCGCUUGCGAGGAUCAAAUCAAAGCGGACAGCUCACGUGGCGAAGAGGCCGAAGAGGGUGCACCAGCCAUGGGCGCCAAAUCCCUCUGCACACCCUUCGAUCAACCAGCGCAGAUAGCUGACAACGACAAGUGCAUCCAUCCCAAGUGCAGCAAAAAGCCCAAGUUCUACACGCUGUUUGGACGCAGCUACUAAGCCGAUUACAACCUGAUUCUGAAUAACCCUUUUGCAAUUUGAUUCAAUAAUUAGUUGUUAAACAUAUGACUUGAAUUGAUUUCGAUGCGACACACGAUUAUAAUCGAAAACGAAUUUGUUUGUUUUGGUUUUAAAAAAUAUAUAAAAUUAAAAAUCUUGUCAUCUUUACAAUGCGG